UAUUUUUAUUUUAUUUUACUAGGCAAGUCAGUUAAGAACAAAUUCUUAUUUUCAAUGAUGGCCAAGGAACAGUGGGUUAACUGCCUGUUCAGGGGCAGAACGACAGAUAUGUACCUUGUCAGCUCGGGGAUUUGAACUUGCAACCUUUCGGUUACUAGUCCAACACUCUAACCACUAGGCUACCCUGUCGUGGGAAGUAGUGAACGAUUGAACAUUUGAGGAAAAGGAGUUAUUCUAGGGAUACACCCAAAUCAAUCAGAGUUGUAGACUAAAUUAAUCAAAUAUUUAGUUUAAUAAUUAACUAUGAUUAAUAUUUCUUGUGUCCAACAGGACAAAGCUAUUCCGUUCCCCUCCACCUUCCUGGAGUCCCCAGGUCAAAAGUCUCCCGGGACCGCUUUACUGCUGGGUCUGGUUGACUGCAGGAAAACACCGGGGCAGAGUGGAACUGAGAGAGGAGAAGAAGAGAAGGAAGAGGGAGAUUUGAUUUCAUUAAGUAAGAACCAUGCGGACAGCCCUAACCGUUGCUCUCUCAGUGGGAGGGGCUUAUCAUCUGGGGAGCCUCAACAUCAACAUGAUGCUGACAAGACGUCUCUCCAGAAGAGUCUCUCCAGAUCAGAACAUCUUAGUAAACACCAGCAGAAACUUACAGGGAAGAAACCACACCACCGCUGUUCUGACUGUGGGAAGAGUUUUGCUAAACAGACAGAAUUGAUAAUUCACCAGCGGCUUCACACUGGAGAGAGGCCUUAUAGCUGUGAUCAGUGUGGGAAGAGCUUUAAUCAAUCAGGACACCUGACUACACACCAGCGCAUACACACAGGAGAGAAGCCUUAUAGCUGUGAUUGGUGUGGGAAGGGCUUCAAUCAAUCAGGAGCACUGACUACACAUCAACGCAUACACACUGGAGAGAAGCCUUAUAGCUGUUAUCAUUGUGGGAAGAGCUUCAGGAUGUCAGGAGAUCUGACUGCACACCAGCACAUACACACAGGACAGAAGCCUUAUAGCUGUGAUCAGUGUGGGAAGAACUUCAAUCGUUCAGGACAACUGACUACACACCAGCGAAUACACACAGGAGAGAGGCCUUAUGGCUGUGUUCAGUGUGGGAAGAGCUUCAAUCGUUCAGGACACCUGACUACACACCAGCGCAUACACACAGGAGAGAAGCCUUAUAGCUGUGAUCAGUGUGGGAAGAGCUUCAAUCAUUCAGGAUCCCUAAUUACACACCAGCGCAUACACACAGGAGAGAAGCCUUAUAGCUGUGAUCAGUGUGGGAAGAGCUUCAUUCUUUCAGGAUCUCUAAUUACACACCAGCGCAUACACACAGGAGAGAGGCCUUAUGGCUGUGAUCAGUGUGGGAAAAGCUUCAAUCAUUCAGGACACCUGACUACACACCAACGCAUACACACAGGAGAGAGGCCUUAUAGCUGUGAUCAGUGUGGGAAGAGCUUUAAUCAUUCAGGAACCCUGAGCGAACACCAACGCACACACACAGGAGAGAAGCCUUAUAGCUGUGAUCAGUGUGGGAAGAGCUUCAAUCAAUCAGGACACCUGACUAUACACCAACGCUUACACACAGGAGAGAAGCCUUAUAGCUGUGAUCAGUGUGGGAAGAGUUUCAAUCAAUCAGGAGACCUAACAGCACACCAGCGCAUACACACAGGCGAGAAGCCUUACAGCUGUGAUCAAUGUGGGAAGAGCUUCAAUCGUUCAGGAAACCUGACUGCACACCAGCGCAUACACACAGGAGAGAAGCCUUAUAGCUGUGAUCAGUGUGGGAAGAGUUUCAAUCAUUCAGGAGCCCUGAUUACACACCAGCGCAUACACACAGGAGAGAAGCCUUAUAGCUGUGAUCAGUGUGGGAAGAGCUUCAAUCGUUCAGGAUACCUGACUAUACACCAGCGCAUACACACAGGCGAGAAACCUUAUAACUGUGAUCAGUGUGGGAAGAGCUUCAGGAAUUUAGGACACCUGACUAUACACCAGCGCAUACACACAGGAGAGAGGCCUUAUAGCUGUGAUCAAUGUGGAAAGAGUUUUGCUCGAGAUUUCACCCUGACCAAACACCAUCUCACACACACUGGAGAGAAACCUUAUAGCUGUGAUCAGUGUGGGAAGAGUUUCAGGACGUCAGAACACCUGACUAAACACCAACGCAUACACACAGGAGAGAAACCUUAUAGCUGUGAUCAGUGUGAGAAGAGUUUUUCUCAAGAUUCCAGCCUGACUACACACCAGCUCACACACACUGGAGAGAAACCUUACUCUUGUCUAUGUGGAAAGAGCUUUGCUUAUUCAGGGUCAUUGAAAAAACACCAGAAAGCUCAAACAUGUUUUCUUUCAUCUCCCUCCUCUACAGCACCGGUUCCAGAUCCCUAAAUACAGUUUCAAUAGAAAACAUAUUGUGAAGAGUCAUCCAUCUCCCAUUCUCUAACAGUUUACUAAGUCUGAUUACCAUGGUAACCUGUAGAUAAUAUGCAGCUCUGGAUCCAUAUGUCUCGGAGUAGGAGUGGUGUGUGGUGGGGUGGGGGUGUUCAGAGCUAUAUCUUGUUUAAUUAAUUCCUAUUAUCCAUUAAAUAACUUUUAUGUAGAAUAAUAUUUCAACAAUACCAGGUGUGUAUUCAUGUGUGGGGGAAAUGUUGUCUGAAGAGAAAUUGUUCAUCUUGUCUUAUACAAUCAUUGGUUCCUGUAGAUGCUGGGUAGAUAUGUGAGGGGGAGAUGGUCAUGAACCCUCAGACCUUUUGGCAGAAUGACCAGAAGAGGUUGUGUAAGUUAAGAUAGAUGACGCCAGUCACAUGCAUGAACCAAAUGUUAAUGAUGAAUUCAUGAUGAAUAAUGUAAAUCAUGCAAAUAUAACUUGUCUGUGUAAGCAGUAUAUAAGAGAAUUAACGGGACUCCCCCGAAAGAGCUCCUGACCGAUGUGUACUCUGGUGCAUUAUGUUUGUUGCAAUCUCUCCAGCUUGCUGAUAUAAAAUAAUUAUUCAUUAAAGUUUGACUGAG